GGUGUCUUUCCAGUUUCUGUUGUCAGUUGCCACGUUACACCACCGCCAAACUGGUUCCUCUUCUCUGCUUUCCAUCAGAACAUCAACAGUCCGAACGUUGCCUUCUCUCUUGUGGGGGGGAAAGGAAAAAAAAGAAAAAAAAAAGGAGCUCAGUGUCUUUACCAGUCGGCUUAUUAACACGCUGAGCAUUCCGGAUCUCUGGUUUAGAUGGAGAAAGAGUGUUGUGGUUGAUAAAUGAAGCCCACCGACACGCUCAGGUUUCCUGCUCUAAAUUCAGGAUUUAUGGUCCUUCUUCGAGUAAGACACAGUGAACCCAAGCUCUGUCAGACCAAAGCGGCCUGUGGUGGGGAGGGAAAGCGAGAGAGAGAGAAAAAAAAAACCUGAAUUCUUUGGAGACGCCCGUUCCUUGGGCAGUGUGGUGCCACGGGACAAGGCCUUCAUUGAGCUGGAACAGGAGCAGUCUUGUAGAAAGGAUCCACUGGCUGGAAGCAACAGAGCUGUCCAAGGACGAUUAAAUAUUUAAGAGUUUGGAAAGGAGGUCUCGGUGGUUUCCCUGAUUUUCCAGGGAGUGCUCCCCCCAUUUAGUGAUGGAGGUACUGCAAUGCGAUGGCUGUGACUUCCGUGCCGACUCCUAUGACGACUUGAAGAGCCACAUUCAGGAAGUACACACAGCUUUCCUGCAGCCCGCCGACGCAGAUGAUUCGGACUCACUAAAAGACGAGGAGGAGGAAGACGAAGAAGACGACGACGACAGCGACGACGUCAAGCAGGCGGAAGAGGCAACAGGAGCGCAGGAAACCGGAGACAAGGAUGACAAGAGUUGCGCACCUCCUGAAGCUGGAAUGAGUCCCAACUCUGCCAACAGCUCCAGCAACCCAUCCCCAAAGCAAAGCGCUGACACCCAUUUGCUGUUUUACCAGUGCAAAUUCUGCAUCCGUUACUUCCGAUCCAAGUCGUUCCUGAGGAACCACACCAAGAAGGUGCACGAUGUUGUCGAGGAGGACGUGGUCGCACAGAUCUCCUCGCAGACAGACAAUUCCAAGGUGUAUUUAUGCCAGUAUUGCACCUACAAGACUCCACGCAAAGCAAGGAUGAUAAAACACCACAUGAUGUAUCAUAGGCAAGUUCCCUCGGGGGUCUCCGAGGUAGCCCCAGAAAGUGCUGAAGCUGACGAGGAGUCGUGCUCAUCCAGUGGCCUCACGAGAGGGACGUUAGCCUGCGAAUGGUGCGACUAUCAGACUGACGAGAAGGCAAGCUGGACUGAUCACGUCGUCAAGGAACACAGCGACAAGGUCAAUAUAGUGUCCAGCAUUCCCAAACCGGAAGGCGAUGCAUGUGCGAGCUCACCUAAACCAGCUUCCCAGUCCCAAAGCCCAACUAGAUCAAAGACACCUUUAACCGAAGGAUAUGAGGAAUCAAUGGGAGAAAUGCUUGAAAACGCGUCGGCGCAGAUUGCUCCAGUCACACCUGUCAGUGCGGAAUGCUCCGUUUCGUCCAAGAGGCCCAACAGUGGCAGUGAGAUUGACUCCAACUUAUUAAAUGAAGAAGACUCAAGCAGCAGCUUGGAGGGUGAAGAUGAAGAGCUAGGUGAUAUAGACGAUCCCAAUUACACUGGAACGCUGUCAGCAGACGCGAAGCAGCUCUUAUCAGACGAGGACAAUAAACUGCUGGAGACAAAGGGAAUACCGUUCAGGAAGUACCAGAACCGUUUCCAGUGUCCCUUUUGCUCCUUCCUCACCAUGCACAGGCGUAGCAUCUCGCGCCACAUUGAAAACAUUCACCUCUCUGGUAAAACCACAGUGUAUAAAUGUGAUGAAUGCCCGUUUAUAUGCACCAGUCCUCUGAAAUUAGGCACGCACAAACAGAGCCACAGUUCCUCCGACGGGGAGACCAUGGACCUCACAAGUGACAGCCCAGAAUCUCACAAUGACAGCGUGACGGAGCCCAUCAACGGUGGCAGUAUGACCAAGAUGAAUGGAAAAAAGUCAACCGGCGUGUUGAAUGACCAGCAGAAUCCACACCGCUGCACACUCUGCAACUACUCCACCACCACUCUGAAAGGAUUGAGGGUUCACCAGCAGCACAAGCACUCCUACUGUGAUGACAUGGAUCCCACGGUCUUUGAAAGUCAGUUGGCCGACCAGCUGGACACAGAUGCCGCAGCCUCGCCAACUUGUCUACAAAAAACCCAGACCUCCAUCUUAGGGCUAGCCACCAAAAAGCCCUUAGUUGGUGGUAAACGCGCGAGGAAGUCCAUUAACGACUUGCCUUUGGAUUUGUCCUCGGUCAAAAAAAGAACGAGAAUUGAUGAAAUUGCGAGCAACCUUCAAAGCAAAAUAAGCCAAAGCCAGCAGGACCUGAUCAUAAAUCUAGAUGACAUGGAUGACGAGGACACGGCCGACCAAAACAGCAACGUGGGGCGAAACCAUGACGGCAAAAAUGCCGUCUUUGCGUACAACAUACUGCAGCCUCACUCGAGGGAUUCAUCUCACAAGGGAGGCAGGAUAGGGAAAAGAAAAAGCAACCCUAAAUCAAAAGCCCGGAGCCUUGCGCUGUCCCUGACUCUUUCUGACGACAGUGAAAACAUUUCAGGCGAUCUGACUGAUAGUCGAGAUGCUACCCAAGAGAACAACGACUACUCCGGGGAUCCUGGAAUGGCGCGUUUCUACUGUAAACACUGUGAUUACCAUAACAAGUCUGCUCGUAGCGUCAGCACCCAUUACCAGAGGAUGCACCCUUACAUCAAAUUCAGUUUUAAGUACAUCCUGGACCCUGAGGACCAGAGCGCCGUCUUUCGCUGCUUGGAGUGCUACAUUGAGUACACAAACUACAAUGACCUACACCAACACUACAUGGAUCACCACCCGGAAGCCAGCAACGUGCUCAACUUUAAUCAGCCCAAUUUGGUGUACAUGUGUCGCUUCUGUUCAUACACGAGCCCCAAUGUGCGAAGCCUAAUGCCACACUACCAAAGAAUGCAUCCCACGGUGAAGAUCAACAAUGCAAUGAUCUUCUCCAGUUAUGUUGUGGAGCAAUCGCACAAGUCUGGCGAAUCACAAACUCUGAGGGAGAUAUUAAACUCCGGCCCCAAAACAUUUAACUCGGCCUCGUCCACUCAGAGGUCAUCCUCAAGCCCGCUGCUUAAAACUGCGUCGAAGACCCCUGAAUCAGGCACAGACACGGAUCCCCUCAAGGACGCCAUGGCCGGAAGUGUCGUCGUAUAUGAUUGUGACGUGUGUUCUUUUUCCAGCCCCAACAUGCACUCUGUUUUGGUCCACUAUCAAAAGAAACACCCUGAGCAAAAGGCGUCAUAUUUCCGCAUACAGAAAUCCAUGAAGGUUGUGGAUCAGCCCGUCGCCAACGCCUCGUUCAACUUAAACACAUCAACUACCCCCAAAAAAUCAACUGCGGCACUGUAUGGAUCAGACGAGGACAUGUUCUACUGUAAACACUGCGUAUACAGCAACAAAUCUGUGGUGGGUGUGUUGGUGCAUUAUCAAAAGAGACACCCCGAAGUCAAGGUGACAGCCAAAUAUAUCAAACAUGGCGCCCCCACCCCAGGCUUGCUCAAACUAAUUGACGAAUUACAAAUUGCAGCGCCGAAGCAGUUCAUGACACAGUUCCCAAACAAUGGUCACGAUGGUUCCAACAACUCAAGCCCUAAACCAGGAAGUGGAGAAAAGUGUGAGGAUGAGCUUUUCUUCUGUCAGCACUGUGAUUACGGCAACCGGACUGUCAAAGGAGUGCUCAUUCAUUACCAGAAGAAGCACAGGGAAACGAAAGCUAAUGCCGACCUCGUGCGUCGUCAUACUGCCAUCGUCAGGAGCCAGCGUGAGCGUGCGCAGUCGAGCAGCGUCUCUUCCGCCACCGCCACGGCACCUCCGGACCCCGAAGACACUGCACCCCUACGUUCCUUGAAGUGCCGACACUGUCCUUACACAUCCCCUUAUGUCUACGCCCUCAAGAAGCAUCUCAAGAAGGACCACCCAACCGUGAAGGCCACAGCCUUGACCAUUUUACACUGGGCUUACCAAGACAGCAUUCUGGAGGCUGGCUAUCACUGUGAGUGGUGCAUUUACUCCCACACCGAACCCCAAGGGCUGCUUCUCCAUUACCAAAGACGCCACCCGGAGCAUAAUGUGGACUACGCCUACAUGGCCAGUAAGCUGUGGGCUGGACCAGAGAGCACUCAACAAGGGGGGAGCCCAGAAACAAAACAUUACAAAUGUCGGGACUGCGCCUUUGAGGCGUGUACAGUAUAUGACAUCACUAGUCACUAUCAGGCAGUUCACCCCUGGGCGAUCCAAGGGGACGAAUCUGUGAUUUUGGAUAUUAUUAAAGGAAAAUCUUCGGUCGACAAGAUUUCGAAAGAACACGCGUCUUUCGAUUGCCAAUCCGUCGAGGAUGAGGGCGUUCUCUACAUCGCCACACCACCUCGAGAGAGCAACCCACAGCCCGCUCACCCACGUCUAUCUAUUUCGAAUAACCCCUAUCAGUGCACUGUGUGUCUGUCCGAGUACAACAGUCUCCACGGCCUCCUCACCCACUAUGGCAAGAAGCACCCCGGUAUGAAAGUCAAAGCGGCAGAUUUUGCGCAGGAGGCAGACAUCAACCCUAGCUCUGUGUACAAGUGUCGCCACUGUCCUUACGUGAACUCCCGCAUCCACGGUGUCCUCACCCACUACCAGAAAAGACACCCGUUGGUGAAAGUCACAGCGGAGGACUUUGCAAACGACAUCGAGCAGAUCUCCGACCCAAAUGAGGCAGAAGACAAGAACAAGACUCAGAGGCAGGGCUACGGGGCGUACCGGUGUAAAAUGUGCUCGUACACGCACGGGACACUGGAGAAACUCAAAAUCCACUAUGAGAAGUACCACAAUCAGUCGGCCACUGAGAUUUUCACUCCCGGUUUGACAAAUUUCUCAGUCAGCCAACACACCGAGCCAGUUGCGGAAUGCAGCGCCAGUCAUACAUCAAACGCAGGGAAAGUCCAGGAGGUCGCCGAUGUGGACUUCACCCUCUCGCAGUUACCCAUCAAUAAGCCCGAGAAGCAUGCCGUGUUCAAAUGUCAGCUUUGCAAAUACUUCUGCUCCACCCGCAAAGGCAUCGCUCGCCACUACCGUAUCAAGCACAACAAUGUCCGUGCUCAGCCUGAGGGUAAAAACAACGUCUUCAAAUGUGCGCUGUGUUCGUACACCAACCCCAUUCGAAAGGGCCUGGCAGCCCACUACCAGAAGCGGCAUGAUAUCGACGCCUACUAUACCCACUGUCUGGCCGCUUCCAAGACAAUGACUGAGAAACCCAACAAAGUAAUAUUACCGCCCCCUUCCGAGCAGGAGAAUUCUGAGAUGAGCGAAGAAGUCCGCUUGGCCGUCGAGAGGCGAAAGUGUUCUCUUUGUCCCUUCCAGGCGUUCAGCAGGAAGAGCAUUGUGUCGCACUAUAUUAAACGGCAUCCAGGUGUCUUCCCCAAGAAGCAGCACGCCAGUAAGCUCAGUCGUUACUUUACUGUCAUCUAUGCCAAAGAACCCGAGAAACCCGAGGACAGUCCUAUGGAAGUGGAGGACCAGGAGGCGUUGAAGGAUGCCCCCGAUUCGGAGCAGGACGGCGACUGGCUGCCAUUUAAGUGUCUCAAAUGUUUCCGGUUGUCCUUCAGAACUGGCCUGCUGCUGUCUAUGCACUACAAUGACCACCACAGGGCGGACUUCAAGAGAGACUUUGCUGUCUCACCGGACCCUGAUGAUGACGCUGACACCCCUGAAUCCUUCCAGUGCUCCCAUUGCGAGCUGAAGUUCUUUUCCCUCCCCGCGCUCGCAACGCAUCUGCUCAAUCACAACGAUGAAUUUCAGAAGCGGGCCACGAGGCACGAGAGAAGGCGUCAGCUUCUCAGCAAACACAAAGCAGCAGCCAUACCAGACAGCAAGUCUGAGAAGGAAAGCUCUGCAAACAAAGCUCCGAUAGGCUUCAGUUGCAACUUUUGCGUUGAGGUGCACACGACCAUCCGAGCCAUCUGCAAUCACCUGAGGAAGCAUGUCCAGUACGGAGAGGUCAAAGAGGGGCACGUCAAGCAGGAAAUCAGUGAGGUGGCCCUCACUGUGCCCUCGCAGAGACUCGUUAACGGCAAUUUGGAGGAAGAUGAAACGGGAAACCUCGAGAGACCCGAGGACGGCGUGAAGGGCCUCGCCUCGCUCCCCGCGGCUUCUUCCGCCGUUGCUAUAGAAACACUGGAACCAGACCUGGAUGCCAUCGAAGGGAGGUCCUCGACGCUGAAGCAACGGCUGGCGACGGGGGGCCACCCGUGCGCCCAGUGCGACCGGGUCUUUAUGUCCAUGCAGGGCCUCCGUUCCCACGAGAGGAGCCACUCUGCCAUGGCCAUGAUCAUCAGGGAGGACAAGUACAGCUGCCAGUACUGCCAGUUUGUCUCACCCUUCAGACACAAUCUGGACAGACACAUGCAGUCUCACCACGGCCACCACAAACCCUUCAAGUGCAAACUAUGCCCCUUUAAGUCUGCCUACGUGAGCCGUUUGAAGAGCCACCUGCACAAGGCACACACUGGCGAGCAACACACGUACAAGUGCUUGUCCUGCCCCUUCUCCUCCAUGACCAUCAGCCAGCUGAAGGAGCAUUCGUUGCGAGACCACGGCGAGGCCCUCACCCUACCCAAACUGCGGGCCGCCACGCAGGCCGCUCACGCCGCCCUCCGGACCCCCACCCGACCGACCACAAAUGCAGAGCACAGCCCCUUGACUCCGGAAGACACGUCAUACUGGGAGCCAGCUGAUGUCCGCGAGCAACUCAGCAAUUACCAAAUCUCCUCCCGGAGUCACACGUCCCCCAGCGACCAUCGGCCCGACAGCAUCCUCACCUGCGAGUUCUGUGAGUUCAGCUCAGGCUACAUGCAGAGCCUGCGGCGACACUACCGGGACCGCCAUGGUGGCAAGAAGCUCUUUAAGUGCAAGGACUGCACCUUCUUCACCUGCUACAAGAAUACGUUCACCUUGCAUGUGGAGGCGGGCCACAACAACAACAGCAACAACAACGUGCCAGAGGACGUCCGGAAAGAGCUUCGCUGCCCUCUCUGUCUCUACCACACCAAAUACAAGAGCAGUAUGAUCGACCACGUUGUCCUGCACAGAGAGGAGCGUGUGGGUCCGCUGGAGGUGAAUCGUUCCAAGCUCUCGCGUCACCUCCAAGGCGUGGUGUUCCGCUGCCACAAGUGCACGUUCACGUGCUCCAGCGACCACGCCCUGCAGCUGCACCUGCACAAGCAUGACCUCAAGCCCUACCGUUGCCAGCUGUGCUACUACGACAGCCGCCGCCGAAGCCAGCUGGAGGAGCACCUUCGCCUCGAGCACAAGGUCAUCCGGAACUUUGAGCUGAUGGGCCGCGUAAACUUAGACCAGCUGGAGAUGAUGGAGGAGCAGGAAAACAGCAGCAGUGACGAGGAGCAGGAGCAGCGGGAGGAGCUGGAGAUUGGGGAGGAGGAACAAAAGGAGGAAGAACAAGAGCAGGGCGACGGGAUGGAGAUGGCCGUAGAUGAAAGCGUCGCUGCGGCAGAUGAGGUUGAAGGCACGGAGGCGAAGGAGAACCCGGGAGAGGAAGAGGGAGGCGUGGAGGAGGACGAGCAGGAGGGCAGCAUCAGAGAGGAAGAGGAAAACGAGGAGGAGUUCAAAGAGGUGGAAGAAGAGAGGACCGCACGACAAGAAGUCCUUGCUUCUCCAAUGAGCAGCAGCAGCAGCAGCUCUGGAGAGAAGCGUCUUCCCUGUGAAUUCUGUGGACGCUGCUUCACUAACAAUGUGGACUGGGAACGCCAUGUCCUUCGUCACGGCAUGACGGUGAACAAUAGUCAACCGGACACCAGCACAAACUUGAACUUGGAGGCCUCAGCCCCAUCCUCCCUCUCUUCCACUUCCGUCGACACUGGACCGGAACUUUCCACCAACCGGGAUGAGGAGCAGAACACUUUGACUCUUUCACCGGGUCAGCACGCGGACGAUGGGGAGCUGCUUGAUGCUAAAAAGGAUCAACAGUCGGGUUGACCCGAUUGGGACUUUUCGAGGAUAGGUUAAAACAGGACGUCUAAGGAAAUUAAACAAAAGAGCGCAUCAUUAGAUUGUAGGUGUUAUAAAUAUAUAUUCAAGUAUUAGGUUGUGCUGCUUUAAAAAAAAAAAAAAGAAAGAAAAAAAAGCUGGCGGUCCCCUAGGACAGAUUUUAAUAUAUUGGUAACCAAUAGUGAACUUUAUUGCUGACAUUCUGGUCAAAAAGUACAGUGAAAGAUGCCACCUAUCUAUAUACAAAUUAUUUAUAGAGAAUGUUGUCCCAAAAUGAUUAUCCAAAUUGAGAGUAUUUGAAGCACCUUUGACACUUACACAUGGAAAAAAAAAAACAAACCAAA